GCGAUUCGAAGAUGGCGACCUCCGAAGUGAACGAGCCAGCGCUAGCGCCUGGGAAAAGUGAAUUUCGUAACCAGAAGCAGAAGCAGGAGAACCGAGAUGAAUCAGAGCUCCUCACUGUACCUGAUGGUUGGGAGGAACCAGCUUUUUCAGAGGACAAACCCAGAGGACUCUUGGAGGGAAGCAGUUUUGCAACUCUGUUCCCCGUGUAUAGAGAAGCUUACUUGAAAGAGUGCUGGCCGUUGGUACAGAAAGCCUUGAAUGAACAUCAUGUUAAUGCAACCCUGGACCUGAUCGAGGGCAGCAUGACUGUUUGUACAACAAAGAAGACUUUUGAUCCAUACAUCAUCAUUAGGGCCAGAGACCUAAUAAAACUAUUAGCAAGGAGUGUUUCAUUUGAACAGGCAGUACGAAUUCUUCAGGAUGGGGUUGCAUGCGACAUCAUUAAAAUAAGUUGUUUAGUAAGAAAUAAAAAAAGAUUUGAAAAAAGAGGAUCACGGCUUAUUGGUCCCAAAGGAUCUACAGUGAAGGCACUGGAACUCUUAAACUGUUACAUUAUGGUUCAGGGAAACAUAUCAGCCAUUGGACCUUUUAGUGGCUUAAAAGAGGACGUGCUUUGUUUGAUUUCCCAUUAG